UUGGCGCGGCUUUCCGACGUGGUGGUGGAGAGCUUCCGGCCGGGGGUGGCCAAGCGGCUGGGCAUUGAUUACAACAGCCUGCGCGCGGAGCAUCCCGGGCUGGUGUAUGCCACGCUGACCGGCUUCGGGACCGAGGGGCCCUACGCCAACUACAAGGGCUACGACGGCGUGGUGGCCGCCAAGAGCGGCCGGAUGAUGAUGUUCGCCGAGCAGCAUCCCCGGGAGGGUCCCAACUACGUGGUGGUUCAGGGGGUCUGCCACGCGAGCGCCACGGCGCUGGUUCGAGGCAUCACGUCCGCUCUCUACGUGCGGGAAAAGACCGGACGGGGCCAGCGGGUGGAGACCAGCAUGCUGAAGGCCGUGACCACCUACGAUCACGUGUCCUGGGUGUACGGCCAGAUGAUCGAGAAGCAGCCGGACACCUACCCGCCGGACCCGAGGGUGGCAUCGGUCGUCCCAACCCCACGACGCCGUUGCGGCCUGGAACGGAUCAUGCUGGAGAAGGUCCAGGAGAAGACGCUGGACGAGUGGAUGGGCAUAUUCCUCGGUGAAGCCGGCAACGUGGCCGCCGAGCCCUACCUCACGUCCGAGCAGGCCCUGGACCAUCCUCAGAUCGUGCAUAACGGCAACGCGCAGGACGUGUUUGUCCCUGGGGUCGGCGGAACGCGGCAGCUCGGCCCCAUGGUGAACAUGAACGGGACGCCGGGCAGCACGCAGGGGCCGGCGCCGGCGCUGGGUCAGCACACGGCGGAGACGCUGGCCCGCCUGGGCGGCGACGCCGGAAGUCGUUCCAACGGGGCCAGGGAGGCGAUGCCAAAGCACCCACUGGAGGGGAUAACGCUGCUGGAUUUGGGGACGGUAAUCAACGGGCCGCUGGGCUGCGCCCUGGUCGCCGAGUUGGGCGCGAGGGUCAUCCGCAUCGAAGCGCCCGGCGGCGACUGGGGCCGGCGGGGCAUGCCGAUGUCGGUGCACCGAACCAUGGGAGGCUCGGAGUGCAUUUGCCUGGACCUCAAGACGCCGGAGGGCCAGGAGAUCAUGGGCAAGCUGGCGGCAAAGGCCGACCUGCUGCUCCACAGCAUGCGCCCGGGCGCGCCGGAGCGGACGGGUAUCGGCUACGAGCAGCUUGCCAGGAUCAACCCCAAGCUGGUGUACCUGUACGCCGGCGGGUACGGCUCUACCGGACCCUACUCGCACCGGCCGUCGAUGGCUCCGAUAGCCGGCGCCGUGUCCGGGGGCGGCGUGGCCCAGAUGGGUCGGGACGCUUUCCCGCCGCCGGAGCAGGCCAUGUCCAUCGAUGAAAUCGCGGCCGUGUCCAGGAAGCUCAAGCGGGCGAACGACGGCACCGCCGAUCACACCACGGGCAUGGUCAACGCCGUGGGCCUGGUGCUGGGCCUCUAUGCACGGGAGCGCACCGGGACGGCGCAGUACGUCGAGUCCACCAUGAUCGCCGCCAACGCCUACGCCAAUAUCGACGACUUCUACUGGCACGAAGGCAAGGAGCCGCGCCCGCUGCCGGACGGGGAGGGACACGGGCUGCACGCCCUCUACCGCCUGUACCGGGCGAAGACGGGGUGGGUGUUUUUGGCCUGUCCCUUCGAGGACGAGUGGGAGGCGCUGUGCCGCGCCAUUGACCGACCGGACCUGCGGGAUGAUCCCCGGUUUGCCUCUCCGGAGACGCGGGCGGAGCACGACGACGCGCUGGCCCACGAGUUGGGCCGGGUGUUCGCCGGCGCAGAGCCAAUGCACUGGGAGCAGCUGCUCACCGCCGCCGACGUGGCGUGCGUCAAGGCCGAGGACCGGGGGAUGUAUUUCUUCUUCAACGAGGACCCCCACGUGCGCGAGAACGGCUUCCUCACGCCCGUGGAGGCGCCGCGCUACGGCGAGUUCUGGCGGUACGCUCCGGUGAUAGACUUCUCGGAAACGCCGGGCCGGGUCGGGCCGGGCCCGCUGAAGGGUCAGCACACUCGCCCCAUCCUCAGUGAGCUGGGGUACACCGACGCAGAGAUCCAUGACCUGAAACAGCGGCAGGUGGUGGACUGGGAGGAGGAGUAG